AUGCUGCCGCUAAAUUGGAGACAAAUUGCCUGGCUGUUCGGAAUUUCCCUUUUAUCGACGGUUCGUGGAGGGAUUCCCGGCGGGAUCCCGGGAAGAUAUUUUGUCGAAGCAGGAAGGCCAAUUAUCGCCGCUGGAUCGGCUCCGGUGCCCGUUGUGGCACCUGUUAUUGAACCAGUAGCUGUUGCCCCACCACCGCCCAUCGGCCCUCCACUAGCGCCACCGCUUCCCCAUGAGAUGCCUCCACCAGCUCACCUCUUCGCUCCACCACCUCCUCAAGUCGCUCUACAACCAGCCUUGCCCCCGCCAGCACCAAUGAUGGCCCCAUUAGCUCCUAUGCCAGCAAUUCCCCCACUAGCAUCCCCAAUGGCUCCACCAGCUCCAAUGGCUUUUCCAAUAGCUCCAGCAGCUUUGGCUCCAGCUCCAAUUCCCAUGCAUGGACCAGUUAUGGCCGCUCCUCCACUUCCUAUGGCUCCACCUCCAGCUUUCGCUCCACCGCUGCCUCCACCAAUUCAAGGCUUUCCGGCUCCUCCUCCCUACGGUGAGUACCUCCUGCCAGCUCAAGAUGGUCUUCUUCCGCCCCCGCCGGAGCUCUUCCUGCCCGGUCCCUCCCCUGUUGGACCACCACCAUCAGCUGGCUAUCCACCAAUGGCCUAUCCAGCUGUUCCCCUGCCCGGUCCCGUCGCCGCACCGCUACCGUACCCUGGCCCAGCAUUACCGUACCCUGGCCCAGCACUACCGUACCCUCCACCAGCUGUCGUAGAACCCGUUGGCCCAGCUCUACCCUACCCCGCUCCACCUCCAGCACCUGUCGAAGUAGUGCCUCCUUUCCCUGAAUACCUCGAAAAUCCAUACCCAAUCCCAACACCAAUUGGACCAAGCCGAGCCGGACUCCCACAUUUCCCAUCAUUUGCCGAGUUUUUGUCCCCCCAUUUUUCUGAGGCUCCCUACUUGACCCCGUACUCGGCGAAAUUCAGAUCAAGAGCCCCAAGUGAUGUCUUGAGAAAGGAGAAAUUUGUUCCCAAUUAUGCCCCCUUUUCUAGACAAGCGCCUUUUAUUGGAACGAUGCGACGAAAUGUGAAAAAGAAUAAU